CGUGGGAAAACUCCCCGCUGCACGCGGGACAAGGCCCGUUCCGUCGUCAUCCAUAGCACCGGUACCCCAAGACAGCUAGUGCUAGCGAGGCUGUCCUAACGCCACACUCCGAAACUGCGUCUUACUGUCUGAUGCUGCCUUCUCUUCCCAUCUUGCCUGACACGCUACAAAACACCCGAACUGCUCUGGCCCUAGAGGCAAGACAUCAUCACCAUGGAUCCCGGCGGGACUGACUGGAGCGACUGGGCGUGGGAUUACACACAGAAUUGUUGGUACAGGGCCAGGAAGGAUGCCCAGGGCCUUGUGCACUACGACUUUCAAGCAGCCCAGACGGCGCCGCGGGGAAACGUCGAUGACCUUGCAAAUUCGCUCAGUAAUGUCAACCUCGGUGGCCACCAAGGUACACACUACACCCAAGACGGAGCCUACACCUAUGGCGCCCCGAUUCCCGUCGAAGGCGCCGCAGCAGCUGGCAUGUACGGCGUGUCUUCUGCACAGAGCCAUUCUGCUUUCUCCCCCAAGGGGCAAGGGAGGGGUGCCGAGUCGCAUUCCAAGCCCAGAUCGAGGGAUAAACCCUCCUCCAAAAAGCAACGGCCGAGGACCGCUAAGGCCGGCGGCUACGAAGACCCCGAGGAGGCCCCCGCGGCACGCAUGAACCGGGACCCGUUUUACCGAAAACCUGGUACGACUUCCGGUUCUGACUAUCCGUCCGCGCCCGACCCCAGUCCCGACACCUACCAGGGAUAUGCCGACUCGUACGAAUCCCCACACGGAUCAGCAUAUGCAUCCGGCUUUUCGCAGAGUUCGGGCGCAGGCCCGUCGUAUGGCCAAGGGUCAUCAGCGGAACCGGACGCGGAAGCCGAAUCGCCUGACCUAGGUACCGUGCCCUCAACGUCCGACGCCACCGAAUAUCCCGGGGUGGAGGGAGAGGAUGGCUCCAGGCGUUACUCGACGGACCAGGAAUCCGUUGCAUCGGCUACGUCGAGCGAUUUACUCAAUGAUGCGUUAUCACAAGAGGAUAUUGGCUAUACAACGGGCGAGAUCGGCUCGCCUUACUCGGGAGGAGAGUCUUCAUCGAUGGCACAGGGUCAUAUAUUUCCGGUCCCUGAACCCGAUAACGGCCGGGAAACACCAAGGCCGCUUUCCCAGCGGCCAAUGGUAACAAUGGGAACCGAAGGCUACCAACAUCAGGUCAACGGAGCCGAGAGUAUUACUUCAGCGCAAGAGCCCGGUGCGCAAGACGGAUACGUUGUCGAGCGUUCUUCCAGAUUCCAGCCCGGUGAGGUCUUCAAAAUUUUCUGGUGCGAGCCUCUCGGCGCCGGGCCGCCGAAAAGUGAUGUGAUGACCCAUCAAGUUCGCUUCGAACAGGGCGGACGGUCCUUCUAUCAAGGCCUCCGACGGUUCAUUGUGGUGGCGAACGAUGAGGGGCAUUGCACCUGCGUGCCCAUCUUAACAUAUGAGCACCAGGCCUGCAGAAAAAGGGGCGUCAAACCCCUAAAGCAUGGAAUCAUCUACCAACUCGGGAAGAAGCCUCGGAGGCUCGAGGGAGAGCCCCAGCUGGGUUUCGACGCGGUGUGCGUUAAUCUCUACGAACGAACGGAACGACUUGUCAAAGAGUCUCGCGUUAAUUAUGCGAAACUCACGACCAUCGAACACAAUUUCCCAGUCUAUUUCAUCGGUAGUAUUGACCCGGUGGAUUUUCAUAACAUUGUCCGUCCGGCGGUUGAUACUUGCUGGGAAAAGAAGAAACGGCAUGCCAGUAGUUACUAGGUUGCUUCCGUUUCGACUCUCGGCGGGUCGCCUUCUACUAUCGUCGCGCGCCAUUGCACGACACUGAACGUUUUUUGGUAUGUUUUUAGGGCUACUGCUCUGCAUCAGCUGAAAACUAGCUGGUAUUGUCUGAAAUUUGUAUACGUUGAUGGCGCGGCCACUUCUGCCUCGCUGUCGGGGGUCUGACCAGGCCCUUUCGCGGCACACAUCGGCGCCGGCCGCGCCAUCCUUUUUUUUUGGGGGAGGUCGAACCAAGGCUGAUUAGGUCUCGACAUGUUGUUUCUUUC